CGAAGGGAAUGCUAUUAUUGGAGAAUCAGAUAACACCAGCCAGUCGCGAUAAACAGCUGUCGAGCUGGUGUGAUUGUCUACAUCGAUUAAUUUAAUUUGCUUACGCAUUUCAUAUAAUUCUGUGAAAUUUUUUAAGGGCGUUGAAAUAGUCUCGGAUGGAUAAUUGCGACAGAUUUUAGCGGGCAAUAAAAUACCACCGUUGAUUGCCGCAGUUUUGGAUUUCUCCAGACAGAUUUAAAUCAGUUUGCUUUUUUUUUUUUUUUUUCCUUCUGGAAGACUUAUUUGUUUAACGAAAUCUCCCGAAUCUGCAAUAUCCGCUACCGCUGAAGCAGAGAAAAUAGAGAAGAUAGAAUGCAGUUGCAGUUAUUGUUUUGUUAGGAAUGCACCAGAAGAAGUCAGAGGUACAGAUUGGUAAAGAAAGCAGAGGAGCUUCUUCUGAUUAUCGAAGGCCUCCUCUCCUGUCUUUAUCCACCGCCGCCCCCGCCGCUGCUAAUGGUAGUGGUGUUUGGGCAGAUGAAGCGCUGACAACCCCGCACAAGCGGGUGCAUCAACAAUUACAGCAGGUGAAGAUUGAUGUCACCAAUCAGCCGCCGCCGCCGCCUCCUCAGGUGCCCUUUCCCUGCCUCAAAGAAGCGGCGGCGGCGGCGCUUCUGCGUCACCACAAGCAGCACCCGGCGCCGCCGCCACCGCCAUAUAUAAAGUGGCUGUGGCAGGAAAAGGGGAAGAAGGAGAUUAUGCUUGGAGGUCGGAGGGUGAGGGUCAGGUUGAGGUUUCGAAUCUUGCUGCCGCCGCUGGUCAUUGUUUCUAUUCCGUGCCUCUGGUUGUAUUUCAGGGCGGCCCAGUUGCCAGAACAGACUCAGAUGCAAGGUUAUGACGAGGAUGAAGAGGCGAUGCUCCUUUCUGAUUUACAGUCUUCUGAAGCAGCAAUAGUAUGGAGUUUCUGGUUUGAUUUUUUUGCAGCGGUGGUGUUUAUGACAGCAGUGGUCAUAUCAUUGAGAAUUGCAUACCGAAACCUCAAACUAUCCCAUAGAUGGCCCUCCUUUCCCAGAGGCAAACUUGGGGUGCAUAAGACAUGGGGCUGGCUUGCCUCCAAGCCCCUUGUGGCCUUUUUGAUACAAGACAGAGAAAAAAAGAGGGCUUUAUUAGCCAAGACCCUGGUCACAUGGACAAUUGGCUCUGAGAGGACCAGCAAGAUAAUAUCUAGAGAAGCAGUGAGGGUAUACACCAAUGGUGAUAUGUACGAGGGGGAAUUUCAUCAGGGCAAGUGCUCGGGCAGUGGUGUCUAUUAUUAUAAUAUGAGUGGAAGCUACGAAGGGGAUUGGAUUGAUGGAAAAUAUGAUGGUUAUGGGGUUGAGACAUGGGCCAGAGGCAGCCGUUAUAGAGGACAGUAUAGACAGGGUUUCAGGCAUGGUUAUGGGGUUUACAGGUUUUACACUGGAGAUGUGUAUUUAGGGGAGUGGUGUAAUGGACAGAGCCAUGGUUAUGGUGUUCACAUUUGUGAAGAUGGUAGUCGGUAUGUGGGGGAGUUCAAGUGGGGCGUCAAGCAUGGCCUCGGAUACUAUCAUUUUAGAAAUGGUGAUACCUAUGCUGGAGAGUAUUUUGCAGACAAAAUGCAUGGGUUUGGUGUGUACCACUUUGCCAAUGGUCAUCAAUAUGAAGGUGCAUGGUAUGAGGGAAGAAAACAAGGUCUUGGAAUGUAUACAUUUAGAAAUGGUGAAAGGCAGUCUGGCCACUGGCAUCAUGGUGUGUUGGAGACUCCUAGCACACAGAAUUCUCAACCAGGAUGCCCCAUGGCUGUGAACCAUUCAAAAGUCUUGAAUGCAGUACAGGAAGCAAGGUGUGCAGCGCAGAAAGCAUUUGAAAUUCCUCGAGUUGAUGAAAGAGUAAAUAAGGCUAUUACUGCUGCCAACAGAGCAGCCAACGCAGCAAGGGUUGCUGCAGUGAAAGCUGUUCAGAAAAAAAUGCAUGGCGAUAUUACUAUUGGAGAUGUUUGAGUAGUUGCUCAAUAUGUAUCUAACAAGCUUAGUUGUCGGUCCUCCCUUUAUUACUAAUAUGUACAGAGGAAUUUCUGUUCCUUAUGCUGCAUCGACUUACAGUUGUCAUAGCGUAUGCAAUGGUUUUUUUUGAUGAUUUGUGUCUUAAAUUAGUAAAUGGAAAAGAUAGGGGCAAUAGAUGCUAUACUCCUUGAGGGUACAUGAUGUGAGAAAGUAAAUUGUGCUGUACCUGACAUUGUCUUUCCUGGGAAAUUUUCGUGCAAUAAUCGACAUUUCAACUUACAGAGAGGUAUGUGGGUAGGGCUGUAAUUACAUGUAAAAAAAAAUGAGCUCAAGUUAGAGCUCUUGCACCUGAGUACUGUAAAGUAUAUGAGUGUUGUUUUGGGAUUGCAUUUUAUGCUGUCUGACUAUAAUGGUGGCUAAGGUUAUUGCCUGGCACCUGAUGGACAAUAUCAUUUUUCGGUAACAGAGGGAAGUUCAAGUAUGUAUUCAAGAGAAACAAUAUGAAAAUAUGGAUGGAAUAGCCAUUAAGAAAAGCAAAGAUGCAAGUAUAAAUUUUCAAUAUUAUAUAAUUUUCUUGGAAAAUAAAA